UCUAAAAUUUAGACGGAAGACUGAAGUAGUUAGUCUGUGGUGCAAUGUGGAGCAUGUUUCUAAUUGCUCUAUCACUGGAGUAACUACACUUUUUCAUUUUUUUUCGUUGUGCAAGUACAAGAUCAACGCCAUAAUGAAUACUUCAAUGACUGGAAGUGAAAUAAGAAAAGCUUUUAUAGAUUUUUUCAUCAAUAAAGGCCAUAAGUAUGUUCACUCUUCAUCUACAAUUCCUUUGGAUGAUCCUACCUUACUUUUUACAAAUGCUGGCAUGAAUCAAUUUAAACCCAUAUUUUUAGGAUCAGUAGAUCCCAACUCUGAUAUGGCUCAAUAUGUAAGAGUUGUAAAUACUCAAAAAUGUAUAAGGGCUGGUGGAAAACACAAUGAUUUAGAUGAUGUAGGAAAAGAUGUAUAUCAUCACACAUUUUUUGAAAUGAUGGGAAAUUGGUCUUUUGGUGACUAUUUUAAAAACGAAAUAUGUGCAUGGGCUUGGGAACUUCUAACGCAAGUAUAUAAGCUUCCAGGUGAUAGAUUAUAUGUAACAUAUUUUGGGGGAGAUGAGUCAUCUGGUCUGGAACCAGAUUUAGAAUGCAAGAACAUUUGGUUAAAUUUAGGAGUUCCAGAAUCGCACAUUUUACCGGGGAAUAUGAAAGACAACUUUUGGGAAAUGGGUGAAACAGGACCUUGUGGACCAUGCUCUGAAUUACAUUAUGAUCGGAUCGGUGGAAGAGAUGCUGCUCAUCUUGUUAAUAUGGAUGAUCCUGAUGUGCUCGAAAUUUGGAACUUGGUUUUCAUUCAAUUUAAUAGAGAAACUGAUGGAUCAUUAAAGUUAUUGCCCAAAAGGCACAUUGACUGUGGAUUGGGAUUAGAAAGAUUAGUUUCUGUAAUUCAAAAUAAAAGAGCAAAUUAUGAUACUGAUUUCUUCAUGCCUAUUUUUAAAGCCAUUGAAAAUGGCACUAAAGUAAGACCUUAUACCGGUAAAGUAGGUUCUGAUGACACGGAUGGUAUUGAUAUGGCUUACCGUGUACUAGCUGACCAUGCAAGAACAUUAACAAUUGCAUUAUCUGAUGGUGGUCACCCAGAUAAUACCGGCAGAGGUUAUGUACUCCGUAGAAUUUUAAGAAGAGCAGUAAGAUUUGCAUCAGAAAAACUAAAUGCCAAACCAGGAUUUUUCGCUUCAUUGGUACAUACUGUUGUAGUACUACUUGGUGAUGUGUUUCCUGAAAUUAAAAAAGAUCCAGAAUCAAUUGUUCAAAUUAUUAAUGAAGAAGAAAUUCAGUUUUUGAAAACAUUAAGUCGAGGUCGGAAUUUGCUUAACAGAACAAUAGAGAAACUUGGUGAUUCUAAAUCUGUACCUGGAGAUGUUGCUUGGCGUAUGUAUGAUACUUAUGGCUUUCCAAUUGAUUUAACACAAUUAAUGUGUGAAGAAAAUAAUCUGGUUAUUGACAUGGAAGGUUAUGAAAAAGCAAAAAAAGAAUCUCAAUUAUCAUCACAAGGAAAAACUUUAGGCCAGGAAGAUUUAUUGGCAUUAGAUAUACAUGCUAUUAGUCAUUUACAGGAAAGUGGAGUGCCCGUCACAGAUGAUUCCCCUAAAUAUAAUUAUGUUCCAUCUUCCACUGAUAAAGAUGCUGAAUAUAAGUUUGCACCAUGCUCUGCAAAAAUUUUGUCAUUACGCAGUAACAAACAAUUCGUAAAUGAGGUCAGUAGUGGCCAGGAAUGUGGUGUUAUUUUAGACAAAACAAAUUUCUACGCUGAGCAGGGUGGGCAAAUAUUUGAUGAAGGCUAUAUGGUAAAGUCUGACGAUGACAGUGUAGAAUUUACAGUCACUAAUGUUCAGGUAAAGGGUGGUUAUGUUCUUCAUAUAGGUAAAAUUGAAGGUACACUUAAAGUUGGAGAUACAGUUACACUGCAUAUAGACACAGAAAGACGGAGAUUAGUUAUGAACAAUCAUACAGGAACACAUAUACUUAAUAAUGUUUUAAGAAAAGUGCUUGGAAACGAUUCUGAUCAAAGAGGAUCUCUUGUGAUGCCAGAUCGCCUUAGAUUUGAUUUUACUAAUAAAGGUCCCAUGACUGUUAAACAAAUAAAAGACACAGAAGACGAAAUAAAAUCAAUUAUAAGUGAUAACAAGCGUGUUUACGCAAAACACACCAGUUUGAGUGAGGCUAAAAAAAUAAAAGGACUUCGUGCCAUGUUCGAUGAACACUACCCAGAUCCAGUCCGUGUGGUUUCAGUUGGCAUUUCAGUUGAUGAGUUGGAAAAAAAUCCAGAUGCAUCAACUGGUUUUGAAACUUCCGUCGAAUUUUGUGGUGGUUCUCACUUACAUCAAACUGGACAUAUUGGUGAAUAUGUUAUCGUAAGUGAAGAAGGAAUUGCAAAAGGUAUUCGCAGAAUUGUAGCAUUAACUGGGCCUGAAGCAUUGAAAGCUAUUAAUAAAAUGAGCAUUCUGGAAAAUGAAGUAAAUAACAUUGCUAAUUUCAUAAAAGAACAAGGUGAAAAUAUUAAUCACAAGGAAAUUGUAAAAAAAAUUGUUGACCUUACAAAUGAUGUCUCUCAGGCCCAGAUAUCUUAUUGGAAGAAAGAAGAGCUACGAACUAUGCUUAAGAAUUUAAAGAAACAAUUAGAUGACAAAGAAAGAGCUGCUAAAGCAAUGACUAUCAAUUUAGUAAUUGAAAAAGCGAAGGAAUUAUGUUUGGGGGAUAAAUCGUCGGAAAUAAUCAUAGAAGAGCUAAAGGCGUAUAGUAAUACAAAAGCAUUAGAUGCUGCCUUAAAACAAGUAAAGCAGUUACAGCCUAAUUCAGCUGCAAUGUUUUUCUCUGUUGAUGAGGACUCAAAUAAAAUUUUCUGUUUGGUAGCUGUACCUAAAAAUCUUAUUGAAAAAGGCUUACUAGCAUCUGAGUGGAUUCAAUCCAUUGUACCCAUUAUUGGUGGUAAAGGUGGUGGUAAGGCAGAGUCUGCUCAAGCCUCUGGAAACAAUAUCAGGGCUUUAGAUGAAGCUAUUAAAAAGGCACGCGAAUUUGCUACUUCUAAAUUGUAUUAAUUAAAAAUGCAGUUUAAUUUUGUUAUUUAUUUCUUUUUAUAGUAAAAAAAUUGUAUCUUUAUUGCUACACUUAUGAUUGGCAGUGAUUUUAGAAAUACGCUUUCGUAAAAUAA